CUGAUGUUCUCAAGGACAAGAGUCACGUGAUGUAUGAGGGCAAACACAUCCACUUCUCGGAGGUGGACAAUAAGCCAUUGUGCUCAUACAGCCCAAAGCUCUGCAAGCAGCGCAGACUCAAUGGCUAUGCCUUCUGUAUCCGUCAUGUCCUGGAGGAUAAGACUGCCCCCUUCAAGCAAUGUGAAUAUGUUGCCAAGUACAACAGCCAACAGUGCACCAACCCCAUCCCCAAGUCUGAGGACCGCAGGUGGGUGUGACAAUACAAUAGAAAGCUGUCCUCUGCACUGAGGACGGUAGGUCUUUGUCAUUGACCUAUCUGUCAUAGUUGUGAAACAGCAUGUUAAAGAUGUGUGUUUGUUCCACAGAUACUGUAACAGCCACCUCCAAGUUCUUGGGUUUAUCCCCAAGAAGGAGCGGAAGAAGAAGCACGAUGCAUUGGAGGAGAUGCGCUCACGACCUCACCUGGAGUCAGUGGCUCUUAACAUAACUGUGCCCUCGCUGGCCCUGAAGGCCUCCAAUGGCCUGGACGAGCUGCCACCCUCUCCACCCUGUACCCGUCUCCUACCCCUUCCAGACGAGGAGAUCCUGGACCCUUUUGCCUUUUAUGAGGACGACACAAACGGGGAAGAGGGCCCUGCUCGGAAGGGCUCCACCGUCAGGAAGAAACUACACAGUCGGCUGGUGCUCAGCCAGAAACUCCAGCUCCACCAUCACGACACUGACUUCCUCCAACCACCUCCAGAGCACUUUAGCCCCUCUCCUCUUCCCCGUGUGCACCCCUCCUCACCCCUCCACCCGCACCUCCCCUGUAAACAGCAGACAGGACUACUCCAGCCCCCCCAGCACUCUACCAUGCCCUCGUUUGUCCUCCCAGGACAGCAGCAGGGUUUAUUAUGCAAGCCAGCUCCAACUCAGACUCUCGCCUUUCUGCCUGUCGGGCUGCCCCCCAACACGGCUCCCAGUCAGGUACAGUCCUCCGGUCCCCCCCUCAGCAGGAAAGCUCUGUUCACUGCCACGCCCUUGCCAUCCAGUAGCUGGGACAGCGCUCAGCGGCUUGUGGUGGCCAUGCGCCCAGCUGCCUUCUCACCUCCCCCUGCCUGCCUGGCCAGGUUACAGCAUCUCGUGCAGCUCUGUUCCCAAAGACAUCAGGAGCACGGAGACCUUUUCCCUCAUCUAGGUACCUCUUCUUCCUAUCCAUGUUAAAUAGAGUUUACACAGGCAGUCCAAUUCUGAUAUUUUUUUCACUAAUUGGUCUUUUGAUCUGAUGUGAUUGGUCAGUAGACCAAUUAGUGGGGGAAAAAAUCAGAUAGACAUUUUAGUAAUUUAGAAGACGCUCUUAUCCAGAGCAACUUACAGUUGGUGCAUUCAUCUUAAGCAAGCUAGGUGGAACAACCACAUAUCUCAGUCAUAGUAAGUACAUUUGUUCUCCAAGUAGUUAUCAGCAUAGUCAGUGCUAGUAGGAAAAGACAAGUGUAAGUGUUAGUUCACAAAAGGCAUUCAUAACUUUUUUUAAUUAGGCUUAUUAGUUGUGGAACAUGGGGUAGUGUAAGAUAAAUAUAGAUGAUCUGACAAUAUGCUGCUGAGACCAGCUGGACUAACAGGCUAUCUUCUUUCAGGGUUGGACUGGUCUGAAGACAGUGCAGAGGAUGACGACGUGGAGGCAGAGAGAGUUCCACCAUAUCACAACGCCUGGAGACUACAGGAAGGACACACACAGGACGUGUAAGUUGCUUUCUAACAUGCUCAUAGUUAGGCUCUCAUUGUAGUCAGACAUGGAUAGGCUAUGACUGUUUUAUUUUUCCAUCACAGCUCUGAUGAAGAUGCUGGUAGCUCUCGGAGAACACGUCUGGCUCGGCUGUGCUCGUACCUCCAGGAUAAAUACAAGCACUUGUGCAGGCAGGAGAGGGCAACCAUGCGCCAGAAGAGAUACCGCUAUGCCUUCCGCAAAGCCCUGCUGCACGCCGCCAGUAAAGACCCAGACUGUGCUGGCCAGUUGAUCCAGGAGCUGCGCAAGGUCUCCCAAAACUCCUCAAGGUACCCACACUCAACACUCCCAUUAAUGCAAUGAGCCUGACUAACCUGGUUAGUCUCCUUCAAUACCAUCUGUCAAUGGUUAAUGUCCAAAAAUUCAUGACGUCAGUAAUAAUUAGUGCCCAGGCCCUAGAUACUCGAGUCUUUCCUGGUCAGGUGGUCACGUGAUCAGGAGAAACACCUGUCCCCAGUAAUGAUCGUUUUGUUCUGAAAAGCUAAGGGAGUUCUGAGGGAGUGUUGAUAUGCUAGUUGUGUUGUGAAUAGCUGAGGAAGGGUUGAUGUGGUUGUGUCCUGAGCGUGGGUCUGUCUGUCUCUCCUCAGUGCGCUGGGGCAGCAGGAGACAGAGACGAGAAUCUGUUCUGGAAGCACCAAGGGCCGGGCCUGCAGUAGCCAAGCUCUACCCUUCACCCGACACUGCUUCCAGCGUAUCCUUUUCACCAACCUUACAUCAGUUACAUGGCACACUGGACUCUUAGGGCUAAACUGUCAUUUAUUGGGGAAUAUGGCUUUUAACUUGUCCUAUUACAACUUAGCAAACAGACUCAAAUUAUGGGUCCUGUUUUUGACACAUGACUGUUGUGUGUGCUGUCUUUUCCAUUGGCGUGUUUCCUUCACGGUUUCUCUGCAGACGUUCUGUUGAAUCGCUCCCAGCAGCUCUUCUCCAGUUGCACAGCCAAAUUUGCAGAUGGACAACAAUGCGCCAUCCCUGUGUUUGACAUCACACAUCAGACCCCACUCUGUGAGGAGCAUGCCAAAAAGAUGGUGAGUUCCCCUUCAGUCAGUACAUUGGAGUGUUGCCAUUGUAAUACCUAUGGCACAGUAUCUGCUCUGUAUUACUAUACUUGUGGACAUGUGUUUUUCCUAUAGGACAAUUUCCUGCGUGGGGACGGUAACCGAAGAGUGCAGCACCAGCAGCAGCGGAAGCCGCGUAAGAAGACCAAACCGCCGGCGCUCACCAAGAAACACAAAAAGAAGAGGAGGAGAGGGCCAUGGCGGCCCCAGAAGCCCAUCCCGCCGGCUCUGCCCCAGGGGAACUUGGGAAUGCCAUCCUCCUCCAGCCUGACCAUGCCCACCCAGGCCAGUAUCAGGUCUGUCCCACUCACUUAAUCUCUUGCUCACCCUCUCUCUUAGCUCUAGUAUUAACUAGGAAUUUAACGAUACGCAUCGGUCCCCGAUUAGAAUGUUUAAGAUAAUGUACGACUGCAUCGGUCUGCGGACGCCAAACCGAUCUAUGGAUCGGUCAGAAAAUGUAUUCAAACGUUACGAAUCUCUGAAUAAUCUAUUUUUUGUUGCUCAUAUUACUUUCUUUCUACGUAGUCUUUUGUGACAACUGACACGUCCUCUCCUUCAGUGUCGAACUAAGCAUGUAACUGUGUUGACAGUCAUUGAUAUACAAGUCAUUUUGCAAUAAUAGUUAGCCUAAUUUCAGCUGUUUGAAGCUGGUGUACGAAACCGAAAGUAAAAGAUACAAAAACUGAACUUAAGAACAGGAAGCAUAGAAAUAGCGCACAUAAGGCAGAUCUACCUACUACUUCUUAGACUUGCUUUCAAUGAGAAUGACAGAUCUAUAACUCCCAUUUCUAUGUGAAUUUGGUUGUUGCCCAAAAAGUUACAUAUUGCAGCUUUAAACAAUCACUGAUAGUGGGGUGGUAGAUGCCUAGUCUCCCUUAUGGGUCAGAUCAGGUGCCUACAUAGUAUAGACAUACAUCAUUUACACACACACACACACACACACACACACAUAGUACAUACACCAGGGAUACGGCCUGCGGAUCAAUUUCCAAAGAAAAAAUUGUGAUUUUUUUUUGUUGCUCCAUCGGGGUCUCAACUUACUGUUGAGAGUUAAAAUGGUACAAUACACAAGGUGCAAUUUCAAAAUGUGGUAGUGCAUCACCCCUAGCGUCGAUUGACGCACCCUUAUUAAAAAUCCCCAUAAAAAUCUACGGUAGAGAUAUCGUCCGCCUAUGUCGACCUUCCGCAUCAGAGCUACAGCGCUGUUUAUCAGACCAGGAGACAUCCUGAAAAUCGGUCUUCUCCCGAAAACGUCUGUAGCAUUCGAACGGUUUGGCCUACAAACGAAUAUGACUGUAUGGAAAGAUGAGGCUCUCACGAACACGAUGGUGUUCUCCGUUUUGUUCUACGACCCCCACAAUCCCCACGGGACUCGUAUGAAGGUAACAUACCGGUUUACUUUUUUAAAAUGUUUAUGUAGUUUUGUGUCCCCCCCAAAAAAGGGGUUAACUAUAUGUUAAAAAUAUAUGUAUAAUAAUUCCUGAGCUUUCUUAUAUCUCCUAGAUAUAGGACAGACACUUCAAAGCCUUAUUUAUUAUUAUUUAGCCAUGUGUUAUUCAAUGUGUUUUUAUGGGCUAUAGCAGUGAAGGCCAAAUUCAAUAUUUUAUUAUACUUUUUUUGAUACCUACAGGGGUCCUAAAAUUCAUAAUCAAAUAGCUAAUGGUAUGAUCAUCUUAAAACAAUUCCAUAUGUUAGCUUAGUAGAACCCCCCCCCCCCCCCCCCAGGCUUAGACUUUUAAGGGCUAAACUUGUAGAAUUCAUGGUCGAAUUACCGGCCCGGGGGCCCCCCAUUUGAUUUUGUUAGUAGCUCUCACUCAGAUAUCAUAUAAAAAAAACUGCUAACAUUUCUCUCUGUCCCAUGGCAAAUUGAGUAGAAUGGCAGGAAAUUAGUUUUGAAAUUGCAAAAUCUUCUCUCUGCCCCAUGGCAAAAUGUGUAGAUUUUCCGCAAACUUGCUUUAAAACUGCUAAAAAUAAAUCUGCGCCCCAUGGCAAAAUGUGUAGAGUUGCAGUAAAUUCUCUUAAGAUGGGGCCAACAAAAUUUCGCUUUGGGGCGAACAAAAUUUCGUUUAGGGCCUGUCAUGCCAAAUAAUGUCCCCCUCUGCGUCACAAUGGGAUUCGAUAAACUAUUAGCGGUUGAUAACCUAAUGAUUAGAAUUUUGGAGAUCAUUACAGCCUAAGUGACGUUAUUUUUAUAAUCGCUAUGCAAACAAGGCUGAUUUCCGCGACAAUGUUGCUGUUUAAACAAGUUUUGCUUAGCUAAUAAAAUGAAAACAUUACUUCCAACUACUUUGCUUGACACAAAGUUACUUACCUUACAGAUCACGAAGUCAAUUAAUUUCCACUCGAUUCAAUCUGUUGAUUUGGCUUGUCUGGCUGUCAUGUUUUUAUUUUAACCUGCCCUUCCCCUGUCUGUACUGAAAUAAUAUAAUUUGAAAUAAUAUAAUUUCAGUAGUCCUCUAGUACGAUUAUUUUUUGUUCUAUCUCGCAUAGCUAAUUAGUACGCCCUUGUGGUUGAAUAUAUAUGUAUCUAUUGUAGGUCCUAGGAUACAACAAUGAAUCAUGUAGAACAAAUAAAUGGUUUUACAAGCUAAAUCCUUCCAGUUAUCUAAUAGAAGUUAACUGCUUAACGUUACCCUGAAUUGUGAAUUUCUCUGAAUGUUGCGCCUCUUGUCGAGAUCAGUGGUGCCUUCAUAGUACUUCGCCUGGUUGGAAAGAUAAACGAAAAUCUCCUCGAGGAAUGCCAUUGAAGUGCAAGCUACAUAGAAAUAGAAAGAUACAAUAACAGUACAGUACAGUAGCUAGCUAACGUUAGCUAAAUAAAACUGUCUGGCUAGCUAGCUGGCUAGCUGACUAGGCAGGCUGAGGUAUAUAAGUAACGUUACAGUAGCUAGCAACGUCAAUCUAAAAACAGCUUCAAUGAUUUAUUCCUAUUUAGCAAUAUUUUCUUAUAUAAAGACAAAUAUAUGGUAAAGAAAGUGUGUUCUCUUUCCAGUCUUUUCGGUCCACUGAAGCAGCAGGUAGUAAGCAGGUUGUCACCGUCAAAAACUCGGUCCUUGGAGAGCAAUUCUGAGGUAAUAAUUUUGCGCGGACUGAGGGAGCGCUUAAGAGGUGAAAUAGAACUACAACUGCCCGCGCGUCCUACUUCCUUCGCUACGAGGGAAAAUAGAGCCAAGCAACCAGCAUAACAACGGACGCUUUGGUUCAUUACAUAAUGCGGUCAUAAUGUUGGAAGUUCUAGCAACAACCCUAGCAACAGAAGCUAGAACUCAUCGAAUCCCAUUGUGAAACGGGACGACGACGACACACCAUUUGGCAUGACAGGCCCCGAAAAGGCCAGGGCCAGCUCUGACUACAUGUGUGGUUAUGGAUGUGGGUAUGCAGACCAGUGAGCCACUGCGGCCCCCCAUGAUGAGUUCAGAUUUUUUGUGGUUGCCCAUCCCUGACAUACACCAUAGACAUACAUCAUUAACACACACAUAGCAUAUGUUUUACUAUCCUUGUGGGGACCUAACAUUUAUUUCCAUUCAAAAUACAAUUUUUCCUAAAUCUUAGCCUAAUUUUAACCCUAAACCUAACCCCUGAGCUUAAAAUAGCCUUUGUCCUCAUGAGGAUGUGGGAAAUGUCCACAUGGGAAUACUUUUCCUUGUUUUGCUAUCCUUGUGGGGACUUUUGGGGAUUUCCGGUACCCACGAGGAUACUAAUACAAGCACGCACGGAUCUGAGCUUCAUCAGCAGGAGAUUUUAAUUUAUAAUGGAUAAUGAAUGUUUUUAUGCAACCAAUGUUAGUGCAUCGAACCGAAUCGCAUCGAUUUGUUCUCUAAUCAAACAGAAUCGCACUGAAUGGUUUCAAACUAAGACGGAUCGUUCCUGUAUCAAUCGGAGCCCAUCUAUCUAGAUACGUAUCGAAUCGUCUUGAAAGGGAAAUAUGUACAUCCCUAGUAUCAAUAUAUUGUCACAAACAACUGCACGGUGUACACUGAGGAGAAUUGUAUUUUAUGAAGCUGUCUUGGUGUUAGGAGUCCUUCGACACCCGAACUGAGCACCGAUGAGCUUCCUGAUGACAUCACCAAUGACAUGGCAGACAUUCCAAAUGACCUCGAGCUUAACCAGGAAGACUUCUCGGACGUGUUACCCAGGCUCCCCGACGACCUGCAGGACUUUGACUUGUUUGAAGGUACAGUAUGCUUAUUGUCAUGGAUUUCACUGCUCUAGGUCCUAUUCAUAAAUGUUAGUUUAUACUUUUAGAUUUGACCUUCUAAAGAAGCUCAGUUAGAGCAAGACUUUCCCAGUGGGGGUAUUUUUAGCAUGUGUGUGAUGUCAGCCUUUUUCAAUAUUUUAUUUUUUACCGAAAUUGUUGUAUUUGAACAGGUUUGUCUGCUGAUAAACUGAAGUCUCAACUAUUUACUCACAUUUCUUCUUGACCUCUUGAGAAAGGGAGGUGGUUGGUAGAUUCCUAGGGUGUGGGUAAGAAAGUUGUGUACAUCCUCAGGUAAGAAUGGGGAGCUGCUACCCACCACGGAGGAGGCUGAGGAGCUGGUGCGAGCACUGCAGGCUGGGCUGAUGGGCUCCUACCCAGACUCCCUGGUGUGCCUGACCUCCAUGGCGGAGCUGGCGCAGGCAGACGGAGUGGACCAUCGGGUCAUGGCAGCAGUGUUUCCUGGGCCAGGGGUCCAGCCAGGUGGGAUUGGGGACCUGCUCAACGGCCGCAUCCCUCCAGAGAACUUCUCCAGCCUGGAGCUGGAGGACAACCUGCUUCACUCUGCUGGGGGCCACUUCUCCCCCGCGGCGUCACCUCAGCAGCCCCCUGCCCAGGGCCAGGCCCCCCCCUCGGGGCCUAGCCUCACCACCUCCACCGUCGCACAGAGCCCCCUGUCAGAGCGAACGUUCCCCCGGACACACCCGCCCCACAUCCUGGCGAAGCCCGAGGCGCACACCUCGUCUCCACAGGGCAGCCAUUACAGCAGCGAGCAUGUGCCAUCCCCCUACAGUGACCACAUGUCCUCCCCCCAUGCCACCUCCUUCCAGACAGAGACUCCUCUCCUUCUGGAGGUCCCUCUGAGUGGGGUACCAGGCCCCCCGCAGUCCUCCUGGAACAACCUCCACCUGCCCCUCACUGACCCCACACAGUUUGGCAACCUCAUAUCAACCUCUCUUUCCACUCCCCCCUCCUCCACCUCCCACUCUGUGACCCUGCAGCCCAUGGCUGCCCUCUCAGCGAUCCCCCAGAGCGGCCUGACGGGCUUGACUGCUCCCCCCGACCCCUCACUACGCGACCUCCUGACCUCCACUCAGUCCAAGCAGCAGCUCCCUCAGUUCAGCGCUGCCUUCGGCCACCAGCUGGUCUCCCACAGUGGCAUCCCCAAGGAUGUGCAGCCCAGUCACAGUUCCACAGCUCCCCCCACUGGCUUCUCCAUAGCUAAUGCCACCGCUGCUUGUGCCAACAGUGCAACACCUCCCUUUCCACACAGUAAC